GCGUGUACAACCUCGAGAAAAAUGAGAUACGUGAGUGCAUACUUGUUAGCACGACUUGGUGGCAACGAUUCACCUAGUGCAUCGGAUAUUGAAAGUAUUUUAGGCAGCGUUGGUAUCGAUGUUGAUAGUGAAAGAUUAAGUAAAGUAAUCUCUGAACUAGAAGGUAAAGAUGUAGAUGAGGUGAUCAAAGGGGGUCUUUCAAAAUUAGCAUCUGUUCCAUCUGGAGGUGCUGUCUCAUCAGGUGCUGGUGCAUCGGCUGGAGGUGGUGCUGCCCCUGAAGCAGAAAAGGAAGAAAAACCAGCUGAGAAGGAAGAAGAAGAAGAAUCUGACGAUGACAUGGGCUUCGGCUUAUUCGAUUAAUUUCUUGGGAUUAAAUUCUCUUCUGUAAAUUUACUACACCUGUCAGUUCCAAUGUUAAAAUAAAAACUUG